AUGGUGGAGGUACAGCGGCAGGUGGAGAAGCUGAGGGGGUACUAUGACCUGGCCAGGGACGCUGUGGAGCGGGCGUACGCCAAGGACGUGGCGGGGCAGCACAGUGCUGCGGUACAGCUGUACCGCACCGCCCUCAACAUCCUGCUGGAGGGGCUGGCCCUGGCGGUGCCCAGCAUGGGGCUGGAUGCCUCACAUAGCAACACCGCCAGGUGGCGCUCUGAUAUGAACCAGUGGCAACAGGGCGUGCUGGAUCGGCUGAGGGCCCUGGAGGGCCAGGGCGGACCGGCGGCGGCAGCAGCAGCCAGCAGCGGCGGCGGAGGCGGCGGCGGCGUGGCGGCGCGGUCGCCGCCGGCCAACCCGCUGCUGCGCUCGCAGCGCAGCGCGCCACGGCCGCGGCCGGCGGCGGCGUUGGCAGCGGCGGCGGCGGCGGCGGCAGCGGGUGUGCGGCCUGGGGGAGGGUCCAAAGAAGAUAGGGACUUUGAUGAGCGGGUGCUGAGCGAGGUGCUGGACAGCGCGCCCAGCGUGGCGUGGGAUGACGUGGCGGGGCUGGCAGCUGCCAAGCAGGCCCUCCAGGAGAUGGUGAUCCUGCCCACCCUCAGGGCAGACCUGUUCCAGGGCCUGAGGGCCCCGGCGCGCGGCCUGCUGCUGUACGGGCCGCCCGGUGCAGUUCGGCCGCCCGCUGCGCGCAGCAUGCCGUUGCUGCACGCGUGCUGGGCAGCCUGCCUGCCUGUCCCCGCUCUUUGUUCUGCCACCCAUCCUCCCCUGCGUUUCGCCAACCAGCCCCGCCCGCCACCUCCCAGCCAACCCACCCCGCCCGCCCGCCCGCCUCCCUGCCAACCACCCCCAUCGCUCGGCGCAGGCAACGGCAAGACGAUGCUGGCAAAGGCGCUGGCGCACGAGGCGCGCGCCACCUUCUUCAACAUCUCCGCCUCCUCCCUCACCUCGCGCUGGCACGGCGACGCGGAGAAGCUGGUGCGUGCGCUGUUCCGUGUGGCGGCGCGCAACCAGCCCUCAGUCAUCUUUAUUGACGAGAUUGACAGCAUCCUGUCGGAGCGAUCCUCCUCGGAGCACGAGGCCAGCCGCCGCCUGAAGACGGAGUUUCUGGUGCAGUUUGACGGCGUGGCCAGCAGCUCGGACCGCGUGGUCGUCAUCGGCGCCACCAACCGGCCCUGGGAGCUGGAUGACGCGGUGCGGCGGCGGCUGCCCAAGCGGGUGUACGUGCCGCUGCCGGAUGCGGCGGGGCGGCGCGCCAUGGUGCAACACCUGCUCCGCGGCCAGCGCCACCAGCUGAGCAGCAGGGAUCUUGAGCGGGUGGUGGCGGGCACAGGCGCGCUGGCACACGCUGCUGCUGGGGGGGUGCCCAACCGCCGCCUCUGGCGCCCUGCCUCUGCCCAUGGGUACAGCGGCAGCGACCUGGCGGCGCUGUGCAAGGAGGCGGCCAUGGUGUCUAUCCGAGAGCUGGGCGCCGCCAUUGCCACCGCCCCCGUCGACUCGGUGCGCCACAUCAGCAUGGCCGACUUUGUGACGGCGGUGGGCGCCAUCAAGCCCUCGGUCAGCCGAGAGCAGCUGCGGCGGUUUGAGGAGUGGACCAGGGACUACGGCAUGGCCUCCUGA